AUGGGCUUGGAGAUGGAGCCGUUGCUCCUGGCCUGGAGCUAUUUUAGGCACAGGAAGUUCCAGCUCUGUGCAGAUCUGUGCAUGCAGAUGCUGGAGAAGUCCCCUUAUGACCAGGCAGCCCAGAUUUUAAAAGCACGAGCACUAAAUGAAGGGGUGUACAUAGAAGAAAUUGACGUAGAUCAGGAAGGAAUUGCAGGAAUGAUACUGAACAAAAAUGCUCAAGUUCCACGUCCUGGAACAUCUCUGAAACUCCCUGGAAGUAACCAGACAGGAGGGCCUAGUCCAGCUGUCAGGCCAAUCACUCAAGCUGGAAUACCCAUUACAGGUUUCCUUAGACCCAGCGUACAAAGUGGAAGGCCAAGCACUAUGGAACAGGCCAUUAGAACACCCAGAACUGCCUACACAGCUUACCCUAUCGCCAGCUCAUCUGGAAGAUUUUUUAGGCUGGUAAUGGCUUCCAUGCUUACAAGUCCUGAUGGACCUUUUAUAAAUUUAUCUAGACUGAAUUUAAGAAAGUAUGCCCAGAAACCUAAAUUGGCAAAGGCUUUGUUUGAGUAUAUCUUUCAUCAUGAAAAUGACGUUAAGACUGCUGUGGAUUUGGCUGCCCUUUCCACAGAGCAUUCUCAGUACAAGGACUGGUGGUGGAAAGUGCAGAUUGGAGAAUGUUACUACAGGUUAGGAAUGUAUCUUGAAGCAGAAAAACAAUUUAAAUCAGCCCUGAAGCAGCAGGAAAUGGUAGAUACAUUUCUCUACUUGGCAAAAGUUUACAUCUCAUUGGAUCAACCUGUGACUGCUUUAAAUCUUUUCAAACAAGGCUUAGAUAAGUUUCCAGGAGAAGAAACCCUACUUUGUGGAAUUGCCAGGAUCUAUGAGGAAAUGAACAAUAUUUCAUCAACCACUGAAUACCACAAAGAGGUUUUGAAACAGGACAACACUCAGGUGGAAGCCACUGCAUGCAUUGGAAGCAACCAUUUUUAUUCUGAUCAACCAGAAGUAGCUCUCCGGUUUUACAGGCGAUUCCUGCAGAUGGGUGUUUAUAACUCCCAGCUUUUCAACAACCUGGGGAUCUGUUGCUUCUAUGCCCAGCAGUAUGAUAUGACUCUGACCUCAUUUGAACGUGCCCUUUCCCUGGCUGAAAAUGAAGAGGAGGUAGCUGAGGUCUGGCACAUCUUGGGACAUGUAGCUGUGGGAAUAGGAGAUACGAAUCUGGCCCAUCAGUGCUUCAGGCUGGGUCUGGUUAACAGCAAUAAACAUGCAGAGACCUACAACAACCUGGCCGUGCUGGAGAUGUGGAAGGGCCAUGUCAAACAUAUGGGAGAUCUACAGAGGAGCUACACUGCUGCUCAGAAGUCUGAAGCAGCAUUUCCAGAUCACCUGGGCACUUAA